AUGUGGAACAAAAUCAAAGGCUUCGCUGCUCCUUUCAGGAUGGUAUCCAAAGCCGCCGCAGACCUGAUGGCAUACUGCGAGGCGCACAUACGCGAGGACCCCCUCAUCGUGCCCGUGCCCGCCUCUGAGAACCCCUUCCGGGAGAAGAAGUUCUUCUGCACCAUCCUCUGAUGAGCUGCUGGUAGAGCUGUACAGGUGCAGGCAUGGCGUUGCCUGGCUUCUCUGUCUUCACCACACCUGAAGCUACUGGCCAUAGGCAUUGAGCUGAGUUUUGCCAAGGCGGGGACACUCUGUUGUUGGUCAGCUCUGCCCCUGGUGGCUGAAGGUUUUGGGGGAGUCAGCUACCAAACUGGCAACCCAGUGGGCGUAUAAUGUCUUGUUAAAUAGGUUUGUUAUUGCUUUGUUAUUAGAGAAACAGCCUUGCUUAGUGCUCAAAGAGAUGAGAGAUGUUUUGUUUUUUCUUUUCUUUUUCUGUGCUAGAUUUGAACUUGCCUCAGGAAACAACUUUGCCCAGUGUUUGACUUUUUUAAAAAAAACAUUUAUUUCCCCUUUUUUUUUCUGAAUAAAAAUGCGUAGGUCUUUGUAUAAACUCAAUCAUGACUUGUGUUAGUGUUUUUUUUUUUCUUUUUUUUUAAUGGCUCUCAAUGCACAGAUGUAACUAUUAGUAGCAACACUUAAAGCACCACUAAAAAUUCGACGACUUCCCUCAGCAGUGGUUUCAGUUUCAGCAUCGACAAUUAACCCACUCGCUUUAGAUCUGAUUCAGAUUAAAGCCCAGAAACGGAAACCGUAUCUCACAGUGAAUAAUUUCCGCUGCACUCUCAGUAAGAAUGAGGCGGCCGCACGUCGCGUCCUGCUGCAGAGAAAUGAGUGGACCCCUUUUUGAAAGGUGCAGAGCUAAUGUUUCAACAGCCAGAUGAGUUCCUCGGGGUUAUCACUGUGCAAACAAACCCUUAAGUCAAGAAUUAUUUAUGAAUCUGCCACCUUCUGCCCACUCUAAUGCAUUCUAACUUUGCUUCUCGGUUUGAUUUGCUCUUCAUUUUCUUUCGAAUCUGAAAAAGCAUCAGUUAAUCCUGCAGCCCUCUGCAGGAAUAGAUAUAUAUAUAAAAUAUCAUUAUUUCUUUCUUUUUUUUCUUGCAGGACACCUUGUUCCCUUCAGCACUCUCUCUUAAUUUCUGGGCAUGUUUCCUGAGCCUGAUUCUUUUCCUUCUUUUCUUCUUCUUCCUUUUUGCCUGUCCUAGAGUGAAUGGCGAGGCCUUUGACAUUAAUACCAAACUGGAGGCCUGCAUGUUUCUCUGCUCCUUUUUGACAGCCUCCUCUGUUUCCGAGGGACCGUCAGUCUCUUCGAGUGUACAGUAUGUUACGGUGCCAACUUCUGUGGGAGCGGUGUGAUCUUCACACUGUGCUUCCCGGAGCCUUUUCUUUUUUUCUGUUCUGGGUUUUUUCUCUUUUGGAAGAAAAAAAGCACACUGUCGAAACAUUUCCUUUACAUGGUAGUUGAAUAGCAUUUGCUGAUUUUUAUGAUGACUUGUUCUGAUCGUUAUUAAUAUUGUUAUCAGUAGUAUUAACGAAUAUCUGUUGCACAGCACUGACAGCUACAUGACGUGCAGUGCUCCUAAGCCUGUAUGAUACGUAGAGAAAAAGAACGUUUAUAAAUCAUGCAAUUAUUGAUACUAUCGUGAGUAUUUUUUAAAAACAGCGCUGAGGGUCGUUUACAUAAUAGGGUCCCUUUUUUCUUUUCUUCUUUUAUUUGGAGGUUCAGGCUUUUUGCAUCAAGGUUUCUAUCAUCGAAGGGGAGGGGGAGUGGGGACUUCCUUUUUGGUACUUGAAUAGCCAUUGCAUUAGGAAUCAGUCUCUGAUACUGGACCGUAACAAACGCAGACUCAAAUUGUCUUCAGGAUAAUUAUCGUCUUUAUUUCCUAUCUGAAAACCUGAGCUGACCUCAGGACACUCGCUGACCUCAUCUCAAGGAUGGUGCCAAAAUCUGAAAAGAAAUACGACGGCUAGAGAUGAAUAUUGCAUGGAUUUAUUUCUAUUUAUAACAGAGAGAACUAUUACGAUAUGAAAUAUUGCCUGUUCAUUGACUUUUCUGGGUGCUACUCUGCACAUAAUAAUCUCCCUGGAGUCCGGAUAUGUCAAUAACGUGCAGCUGUAUUCAUGAAUGGUAUUGUUUUUUUUGGGGGGGGAAUAAAUAGCAUUUACAUAGCAGACUUUGUAAAAAUCCUUUGACGGAUCAAAUGAAUUAAAAGAAAACGGCAA